AGUCUCUUCUCUCUUUCUCUGCAGACGGCCUUAAGCUCCUUCUUCCAGGAGGCCAACAUCCCCACUCACCACCACCAGAUGAUGUGCACUCCCAGGAACACGCCCGCCACGCCACCCAACUUCCCGGACGCCAUCACCAUGUUCUCCAAGCUGCGUGCGUCUGAUUGCGGCCCCGGGUCCGGCAGCGGUUCCUCCAUGGCGUGCUCCCCACCGACCCCCUCCUCCGGCUACGGCUCCUUCUGGGCGUCCUCGCCGCCCAGCCACCAGCCCGCCUGGCUGCCCCCAUCGUCGCCAACAGGCCCCCACCUGCACCACCACUUCCACCACCACCACCUGCAACAGACUCCCAUGUGGCCACCUGGAGCCCAGCCCAGCGCCGCCCCACAGCCCCCCGUCGUGUCCGCGCUGCACGGCCAGAGAUGAGACUGAACGCGGAGGAGGGGGGGUGGUCAAGGAGCCAAAUGUAUGGGGAGGGUGGUGGGGGGGUCCAUGUGUGGAAUGAGAGGAAAUGGAAAAAGACAAAAAAACUGUUUUCCUGUCUCAUUUUUCUAAACCGAAGACUUCCUCUCCGUCUUCAUCACACGCCGAGGAAACGAACGUUCUUUUUCAUCCGGGAUGCAAAUCGGGCCCAGGACCCAGCAGAGCGCUCCGAGGAUAGCAGCCAUGAGAUCUCAUUUUUUAUCUUUUAAAGACUCUUCUUCUUCUUCAGAUGGUUCGGAAAUAUCUGGCAAUAACCAGCAGAAAACAGACGGGAUUCUAGACGUUUCCUUUACAGCUAUGAACUGCUCGCAGAGAGAUGCAUCUACAGAUGUCCUUUACCUGAGUCACACCAGAUUUAGCACAGGAAUAAAACCUGCUAAUCUUUUUUUUUAAAGAAACAACGACCUGGAGGACAAAAUCUUCUUUCUGCUGCAUAUUAAGAAAGAUGUUUCCUUAACUUUCAUCCUUUUGACGCGGUUUCCUGAUCAAAACAAAGAUGUUGCUUUAUUUCUACGACGUGUAAACAAAAUGGAAAAUUGUAAUGAUCAGUUUGAUAGAGAGCCUCUGUUCCAACUAUGUAACUAGAAUGCAAUUUAUAUUUCAGUGUUUUUCUUUUAUUGUGAAAAUAUCCAGUUUACUUUCCGAAUUUAAAAUGGAAACAAACUAAAACAGAGUGGUAGUGACUAAUUUAGAAAAAUAAUCGCCAACUAUUUUGAUAAAUAGUUUAAGUGAUUUUUCAUGCAAAACUGUCAGAGAAUACUGUUUUCAGCCUCUUAAAUAUGUAGAUUUGCUGAUUUACUGUUUUAUAUCAUAAUAAAAUAAAUAUCUUUGGGUUUUUGGACAAAGCAAGACAUAUAUUUGGACUUUGAGAAACUGGUAUGUAAAUUUGUUCACAUUAUUUAACAUUUUAUAGACGGAUAAAUGAAUGAAUCCAGAAGAUACGAUUUUUUUCUGGGUCGCUAUAAACAGAAACAUAAAAGCAAUAUUAGGUCAUUUGGGAAAUCAUAAUUACUGUCAUUAUUUAACAUAUUAAGUGAACCACACUACGUACCGUUGAGGUCAGGUUAUACAUUGGCUUCCAAUCGGAAUCUUUUUACAUUUUAAUACAAAACUUAAUGUGUCUGGUGUAGUAAAAACAGAUAACGGACAUAUUUCUGACUAACUGGAUCCUUAACAACAGUCCUAUGUUUGGGAUAAACAAUCUUUUAUGUUGCAGCAGACAGAAUAUUAUUUAAUCCAGAUGGACAAAAGAGCGUGGAAGGUUUCAGUAAAUCCCUUCAGAGACAGGAAGUGAUGUCAUGUUGAGUUGAAUGGUUAAACGACAGUAGGGAAUAACCUUUUGUAAAGUGCAAAUAUGAUCGGUGAGUUAAGUAGAGCGGCAAUCAUUUAAAUAUUUUUAGAUCUGCCACAUUUAUAAAGUCUUUUUUCUCAGACUAAUUUCAGACCUCCUGUCAUGGGAGAGGGGAGAUUAAGAGACGGCUCAGAUCCAUUUCCUGUUUAGUGGUUAUGAGGCACUUUUGUACCACAGCAUAAUAUGGCCAUUGUAGGUAAAAAAAUAAAUAAAGGAUGGGUAAUGUUUUCAGAAAUAAUCUGGAUUUCAGAAAUGAAAACCUUGUAUUCACAAGAUCACAAAUGAAGGAAACCUUGCCAUGAUUAUUAAAGCAUUAAUUUGCGAGAAAAAACAGAAGUAUAAAGCUCAGAUUAAAGGCAUUCUUUUACAUACAAAUGUAUGCCUUUACAUUCUCAGAGAAUGUUAGUUUUGGCAUACAUUUUUUAAAUUAUACUUUUUUUUUGUCUAUUUCAUUGUAUAUUCACAACUUUAAUCUUUGAUAAUUUCUGACUUUUGUUUACUUGAGAAUUAGGGAUAUUAUUAUCUAUAAAAAAAAUAUAGUAUUUUUACGAAGUAUCACCCUCCUUCCUUGGUUAUGUAUUGUUGUUUGUUUACCUACAAUGGCUCUAAUGGACAGUUUUGUAAAUAAAACCUUCAGCUGAACGUUUUCUGUCACGCUGAUGAUAUAAAUAAUCUGAUUUUGGAAUAUUUUUGUCCGGUGAGCUGCCUGCCUGUCUGCGGGGGGCAUUUAGAGGCCAACUCAGUGAUUUUUCACACAACCUUUGUGACGCUCAAACACUCCUACCUCUGUGUGGAUGUGAGGCCCCUGAGCUCUGCCGUACCCUCCGCUGCAGACGGGAUCAGAGAGUUGAAACAAGUUCAAACUGCUGCCGCUGCGGAAGAAGAAUUUACAGCAGAGCUUCACAGCAGGCUAAACCCGGGAUUUAUUAGCUGGCUCCCUCACACAGGAUCCCACGUAUGUCACAGAAAAUCACCGGGAGAAUAGUGAAACGUUUAAAAAAAAAACUUCACUCCACAAGAAAGAGGAAGCAGGAAUCAGGGAGGGACGGGAUGCAGAGAAAGAUGUAAAAACGGACUUUGUUGUUCACAGCUUCACACAGACAAUCAACCUUCCUCUGUUUUCUGUAAGAUUUCUGUUGGGUUCUUCCUUUCUGGGGGGAGGGCUUCACUUUUAAAGCUGUUACAUCCCUUCAAAUUCAACAACCUGAUAAGAUUAUAUUUCAAAUCUGAUACAGAAAUGAAAAUCCACCCUGAUGUGUUUUACUCCUCUGGGCUCUGUUUGUCCUGCCAGUCUUUCUCUCUUCUUCUAUCCUCAUAAAAGGGAGUUUUUUGAAGGUGAGGGAGGAUUUUUCCUGCAAAUCAAAGGAGUUGAGAGGAAUGCCGGAUGUGUCAAAUGUGACGGAAGAGUUUUUUGUGAGAGGACUAGUCGUCUAAUUUAGUUUUUGAUGGAACGAGUUGCAGGUUGCGGAGGUGUUUGUGCCGACGGGGAAUAAUUUGUCGGAGCUUCCUGCAGGGUUCAGGCUUAUUAUGGAUCAUUUAAUCCUGAUACAGUAUGUCCCAACCACCCUGACGUUUUGAUUGUUUACCUCAUUUUAAACUUUUAUUUUGCUCUUACCAGGUUUUCUUUCUCAGAAAUUCACUGUUCUAAUCCACGGCUCUUUUAUAGAGAUUUCUCUCGAGUACUUUCGGUUAAUUUCCUCUGUUUAAAUGUGUAUUUAUAUGUUUAAUAAAAACAAGGUAUGAUUUAC